AUGCCAGUACCAACAGAUGAACCCAGGAGGCGUUCUCAAGAGUGGGAUAGAGCGGUAGACAGCUGUUGCCAGAAACAAGAGAUGAGGUAUAAUUUCGAGGGAUCACCAGACUCUUUUGGGCGACUGGAUGAACUGGAGGAGGAAUCGAUGCCUGAACAAUGCAGCGAUCUAGAGGACGAAACCUCUUUAAGCCUGAACUUUUCGGCUGUUGGCGAAACAGGCGCAUCGAAUGAGGACCAGGUUCCUUCCUUAGAGAAACCUCCAACAAUAGCCUCACUUUUUAAUGGUAUUCCGCCCUUUCUUCGGUUCGUUAAGGACAAUGAGACAGUUGGCCAAUUCCCUUCUUUUCUGAGUGAAAAGCUAAUUUGGAGGAAUAGUACCCUUACCCCAAACGUUUCUUGCUGUGAUCGAUAUUUGCGUUUUUCAGAUACCCGAGACACCUGGAUCGGCUAUUUCGGUCGUCAUUUCACAGCAAAGUCCUUCCGUUUUAUAAGGGAGUAUCAGAAAAUCAAUCACUUUCCAGGGUCUUUUAACCUUGGCCGCAAAGACAGACUGACGUUAAACCUCCAAAGGAUGAAAACACGAUUUGGUGGUGCAGAGUACAAUUUCUACCCGCCAACAUUCAUCCUACCUCGCGAGUACAGUCGCUUGAAGGAGUUUUGGGAAGAGUAUGUAAAUGAAGAUCAAAAUUCAAGUAAUGUAGGCGCAAACAGAAUCAACGCACCCAGGUGGAUCUUAAAGCCACCUGCCUGUGCUCGAGGUAUCGGAGUGUACGUGGUGAACAAGUUUACUGACGUGCCAUCUAGGAAGCGCCUGAUUGCCCAACUUUAUCUCGUCGAUCCCUUCCUCAUCAACGGCAGCAAAUUCGACCUUCGCGUCUACGUUUACGUCUCCUGCGUGGACCCUCUGCAACUCUAUAUACAUAAGACUGGUCUCGUGCGGUUCGCCUCCCAAAAGUGCGCACUCAAACUCUUUCUGAAAUUUCAGAUAUUCCAAAUCGCCUCAGAAUGUUUCCAACAGAUUCGUACAUCUUACAAAUUACUCAGUGAACAAGAAAAAAAACUAAUUUUUUCUGUUUUUCUGUUCUUAACUCUUUAUUCCUUAACGUUUGUUAGGGAACUUCGAGAACUCUGGAAAUAUCUCCGAGAACAUGGCCAUGAUUCCGAGGUAAUAUGGGAAAAUAUCAAAAUGCUCGUCUUCAAGACCGUUGCCUCUGUCGUUUCUUCUUUGGCAAGCAACGUUCUACAAUUCGUAGCUUGCCGAGAGUGUGUGCAUGAGCUUUUCGGUUUCGACAUUCUUUUGGAUUCGGCGCUAAAACCGUGGUUGCUUGAAGUCAAUGUCUCACCAAGCUUGCAUACCUCAUCGGCACUGGAUAACAAAAUCAAGACUGAGGUUGUCGUCGAUAUGCUAAAUCUUGCGGGCUACCGAUUUCCCCCAAUGCCGAAGUACUUCAAGUCAGACGGCACUCUGAGGCAAUGCCGAACACUGGAUUUGCUAUUUGAAGAAGCCAGAAACGCGUCCUCACCAGCUGCUCAUCAGCCUAGUUCAGGGUCCCUGGACAACUGCGCGGACAGCCCGAGGACCGAUGGAGUACAAAAUGUUUUGCACAACCAGACUGACGGGGACGGACGCCUCUUUCCUCUUCAUGAUGCUUACCUUCUCCGGAUGACGCCCUCCCAUAACGAACGCAUAAAGCGUCGUACAUUCACUGGAAAGAACCAAUCUCUCCGGUUUCAGAAGACAAUACUGGAGAAGCUCACACCAGGUGAUACUUUGUUGCUGGCCAAUACAAUCAACGAAUGGUAUCGGGCUUCGCUGGGAAACUAUGAAAGGGUGUUUCCGAGGGGAGAUGAGAAGGGCAUUAAAAUGAUGCCAUAUAUUGACUCCAGUGGUGGUGAUGGCCUCAGCGUACCCUCUGGACACAUUGGAACGCCUCGCUAUAACGACGUCCUUGUGCAUCAAUUUUUGCUCAAAUACGAGGACGUAAAGGAAAGAACAGAUGCGAGUCCAAUAGAUAUAGAGCAGGUUGCCAGCACAGACAUUUUGGAGGAUCAGGGGAUGCUUACAAGGAUUGCGGAAGUUCUGAACUUAAAACCUGAGGGUAUAACCGUAGUGGCAAAUGCUGUGAAAAAGUGA